AAAGGAAGAAGAAGAAGAAUCCAUGGAUUCUUCACAGGAAUUUAAGACGGUCAUGAGCCUUGUGGCUGCCCUUGCCCUUUUCACUUCCUUUGUCAUUCCACUUCCUGCUCAUGCUUCCCCUGCAGAAGCACAAGCCCUCGUCAAGUGGAAGUCCAGUCUUGGCCACCAUUCGGUUUCUUCCCUCUCUUCCUGGACUCCCUCUCCUCGUAAUGCCACUGGUUCCAAGUUGACCAUUAGUCCGUGCACUUGGUAUGGGAUCUCCUGUCGGGCUGGGAGUGUGAUCGGGAUUAACCUCACCAACGCCAAUGUCGAAGGUACGCUUGAUGAAUUCCCAUUCUCAUCUUUGUCAAAUCUCAUGUUCAUGGACCUGGGCAUAAAUAGUCUCUUCGGCCACAUUCCGCCUCAAAUCGGUCUCCUGAGCAAUCUCACCUAUCUUGACCUCUCUGUCAAUCGGUUCUCGGGCAAAAUACCGCCAAAGAUCGGUCGUCUAAAUAAAUUGGAAGUCCUACACCUGGUUUCCAAUGAUUUAAAUGGCUCAAUUCCCCAAGAAAUUGGGCAGUUGCAUUUGUUCAAUGAGCUCGCUCUGUAUUGCAAUCAAUUGCAUGGAUCUAUCCCUUCCUCAUUGGGUAAUUUGAGCAAAUUAGCAUACUCUUUUUCGGGUCACAUUCUUGACGAGAUAGGAAAUCUCCGCGCUAUGCUUGAUUUAGAGUUGAGUACAAAUCAGUUCACUGGCCCAAUUCCUUCUUCUUUGGGUAAUUUGACCGACCUAGAAUAUUUGUUCCUCCGCGAGAAUCAGCUUUCUGGUAGCUUGCCUCCUGAGAUAUGCAAUGCCACCAACCUCUCAGUCCUUAUCUUGUCCGAUAAUAGCUUAGCCGGUAGCCUACCCGAGUGCUUAUCAAACUUUAGCAUUGUUCUAGAUUUCAGCAACAAUAAGAUAGAGGAUAAGUUCCCGGCAUGGCUGGGAACACUGCCUGACCUAAAAGUUCUUAUUUUGAGGUCCUACAAAUUUAAGGGGUUUUUAGAUUUUCCAAAGGUAGCUCAUCUCUUUCUCAAGCUGCACAUUUUGGACCUCUCGAACAACGACUUCACUGGUCCUUUACCACCCAAUUUGAUAGCAAAACUUCAAGGGAUGAUAAAUGGACAAAAUAGGCAAAAGCCACAAGACAAAUCAUUGUACAUGAGGCAGGAAGUUGGAAGAAGGUACUAUGAAGCUUCCGUGAAUGUAAUCAUGAAAGGAAAGGAGAUUCGGCUAGAGAGGAUCUUGACCAUCUUCACAACCAUCGACUUAUCGCUCAACUCUUUUCAAGGAAACAUCCCCAAUGUUAUUGGAAAUCUUCACUCUCUCAUAGGGCUCAACCUUUCUCACAACCACCUCAUGGGUUCCAUUCCUUCAUCCCUUGGGAAUUGGACUAACCUUGAAUGGUUAGAUCUAUCUUCAAACAUGCUUAGUGGGAGGAUUCCUAGAGAACUAGGAGAUUUGUCAUUCCUUGAGUACUUGGACCUUUCAGAGAACCAACUCAUUGGCCGUAUACCUCAAGACAAGCAAUUGACCACAUUUACGAGCGACAAAUUUCAUGGAAAUCUAGGCUUGUGUGGGACUCCAGUGCAAAACACAUGCCCCGGUGAUGCUCAGCCUCCUCCACCACCACGAUCAUUCUUUCAAGAGAAUAGUACAAGAAAGCAUGGUAGCGGGUUUGAUAGGAAAGCAGUCGGGAUAGGCUAUGCAUCAGGGAUUGUGAUUGGAAUCUCCAUAGCCUACAUUUCAUGUGAAACUGAAAGACCCAAAUGGCUUGUGGGAAAAGUAAGAAGCAUGGAGAGAAGAGCCAAAUUUAUGAGGAAGCCAAGGCAGAAGGCCAUCAAAUUUUAUGGAGGCCGAUGA